AUGAUACAUCAACAAAGAGACCAAUCACUAUUUUAUAAUGGAAGGAAUGGGACAACAUCAUCAUCAACUUCAAGUAGUAGCAGUAGUAGCAGUACUAAUGGCAGUAUAUCAUCAUCUGUAUCCAACCAUCAUAAUCCUGCAAUGAGAUUUGUACUUAGAACUGCAUCUCCUUCAUAUGAAUACAACUACUCAUCUUCUUCUCAUCCUUCUUCACAACAACAUCAACAACAACAACAUGUUGAUCACAACAAUCAUCAAAGCAGAGUAUAUUAUCAAGAGAGUCAGAGCCAUCCUCCAACUGUCAAUUCUGGAGUUGUUGAUGUUGAUAAUGCUGAUGAUGAUGAUCAAGAACCUACUCUUGUCACUGAAUAUAGUAAUGUUAUUGAUAAUAGAGACGAUGAUAAUAAUCAACAUGUUAAUAAUAAUGGAGUCUACAAUUAUGGACAAGUGGUCGAAGAGGAUGAUAAUGGUCAAGAUCGUUACCAAGUCAUUGACGAUACUGUCGAACAAGAUCAAGACCGAUACAUACCACAACAAUCUCCACAUCGAAUAGACUCCAAGACAUCUUCACUACGAUCAACAACUAUGUAUGGUAGUGGUAACAAUAGUAUUGGUGUUGGAAGUAGCCAACACCAUUUCUCUGAUGACAUUCAUCAACAGUUAAUUAAAACAUCUAAUUUAUUGGAUCAACUCGGUUAUAAAAUGAAAUCAUCAAUCCUGUCUUCAUCUUCAUCCUCAUCCUCAUCUUCAUCAUCAAACUAUACUUCGACCAUUUCAGAUAAUGGUCUUCAUCACCAACAACAACAACAUUAUCUUAAUCCAACCUCUCCUUCUACCACCACUUCAUCAUAUGUACCAUCUUCAUCAUUAUCGUCAUCAUUCUAUCCAAGUGUAAGUGGGGGUAGUAGUCGUACUACUGCUACUACCACACCUUCAAGUGGCAUUGCUAAUCGAAAUUUAAAGGAUUCAUCUAUAUUUUUUGUACCAGAUGAUUCCAUGAUCUAUGAUACACCUAUAUCAUUUGACAAGAGUUAUGCUACACCUCCACAAUACAAUUUAAAGUCAUCUUCAUCAAUCCCACAGACCUUUUCCUCCUCCUCAACCAUGUUAUCUCCAACAUCACCCAAUUAUAAGAGUACCAUUGAUAGUAAUCGUAGUAGUCGUAGUACUACUGGCUAUCAACCACUAUCAUCUACGACUAUGACACCUGGUAAUCAACGAUCGUUUACACCAACAACAACUAAUCCAACCAGACAUGUUAACCAUAACCCUAACCCGACCCCUACACCAACUAGGGAUAGUCAAUACCAAUAUGAUAGUAGUUAUAAUCUAUCAACAUCGACAUUAAUAUCUGAAAAGAAAGCGACGCUGUUGGUAUCAAACUUGGACCUUGUUAUCAAAAGUCUAGAGGGAGAAUUAUUAGAGUUGCAGAAGAUGCUCGUCAGUAAUGUCUCCCUUUCCGAUUCAAUCCAAUCACAAAUCGAAUCAAAGAAUUUCCAGAUUUUAUGUUUGGCCAAUUGUAAAUCGAUUGCUUCCAACAACAAUAACAACAAUCAAACCUAA